AUGACCGUCACGCGCUCCCAGACGGGUAGAACGCCCAGAAAAGUUGACCGCCCUGGUUUCGUCGAGACGCCUGGCAGCCGUCGGGUUACCCGCAGCAGCGUUGCGCCGUCCGACGAGGCAACCGACACACCCUCAGAGACUAAGGGCCGAACAAGAUCGACGACUCGACGACGUACCACCAGAGUCAAAAGCGAAGAGGCGUCUGAAAGCGAAGAAACCAAACUUUCUGUCGCUAACGGUCACGCCAAUGGCCAGGUGAACGGCAAGACGAAUGACCAGGCGAAUGCACACGCGAAUGGGCACACCAAAGAACGGGUCAUUGACGGCUGGGUCGAAGGCAAGGACCCCAAGGUCGACUACAGCGGACACUUCGAGUUUGGAGGCUCUCCAGGAGUCCUCGCCAUGAUGAUCGGCUUUCCGCUCCUGAUGUAUUACAUGUGGAUCGGCGCCACUUACUACGACGGCAAGUUCCCUCGUCCGUCAGAAGGACAGAGCAUGUCAGAAUUUUUCGCGCACAUGGGACACCUCGUAUAUGACGGUGCGUUCCCGACGCUUAAGGCAUGGACCAUGUACUGGGUGUUCUUCAUCUUUGAAGGCCUUCUGUACCUGCUCGCCCCUGGAAUCACCGUCAUGGGCCGUCCCUUGCCGCACCUUGGGGGAAAGCAGCUGCCAUACUACUGCUCGGCUCUCUGGUCUUUCUGGACUACCCUCGCCGUCGCUUGCACACUUCACUUCACCGGUGUUUUCAAGCUCUACACAAUUAUUGAUGAGUUCGGUUCGCUCAUGAGCGUGGCUAUUCUGUCUGGCUUUUUGGUCUCUUUUGUCGCCUACUUUUCGGCAUUGGCUCGUGGCGCGCAGCACCGCAUGACUGGUUACCCUAUCUACGACUUCUUCAUGGGGGCUGAGCUCAACCCGCGCAUGUUUGGCAUCUUGGAUUUCAAGAUGUUCUUCGAAGUCCGCCUGCCUUGGUACAUCCUUCUCCUUGUCACUAUGGGCACCGCUGCACGCCAGUAUGAGGUGUAUGGAUACGUGUCUGGAGAGGUUGGAUUCCUGUUCAUGGCGCACUUCCUCUACGCAAAUGCCUGCUCCAAAGGCGAGGAAUGCAUUGUGUCUACAUGGGAUAUGUACUAUGAAAAAUGGGGCUUCAUGCUGAUUUUCUGGAAUCUGGCUGGUGUACCCUUGAGUUACUGCCACUGCACCAUUUACCUCGCCAACCACGACCCGGCCACUUACCAUUGGAAUCGCUAUUUCUUGGUUUUCCUCUACGUCGCCUAUUUGUUUGUGUACUGGGUCUGGGACACGACCAACAGCCAGAAGAACCGCUACCGCCAGAUGGAGCGUGGCACGCGAGUGUUCCGCAAGGCCUUCCCCCAAUUACCCUGGCAGACACUCCACAACCCUAAGACUAUUACGGCCGCUGACGGCUCCAAGAUCCUUGUUGACGGAUGGUACGGCAAGGCUCGCAAGAUUCACUACACUUGUGAUCUCUACUUUGCGCUGAACUGGGGUCUUAUCACCGGCUUCAACAGUCCGUUCCCCUGGUUCUAUCCCGUCUUCUUCGCCUGCAUGAUCUCACACCGUGCUCUGCGAGAUAUCCAGCGCUGCCGCAACAAGUACGGCGAGGCUUGGGCUGAAUACGAGAGACAAGUUCCGUACCUAUUCAUUCCUGUUAGUAUGCCGUCCAUUUUCUUAACAUCAAGCUAA